AUGCCAGCAAGACGGAAGAGCGUGGAGCUAAGCAUCAAGAGGCAAGCCAUCGAAUGGAUUGCGAGCGAGGGUGGCGGCGUCCCGUCGAGAGCGGAAGCCCAUUUUCGUGCGUCGGAUUGGCGCAUUUCGGCCGGCGGGUUUCGCCAGUGGUGGCACAACCGUGACCAAAUCCUGGCUGGCCAAGGCAAUCGUCGUCGUCUGGAUGGUGGGGGUCGUCGACCGGUGCUGGGUGAAGCCGAGGACGUGCUUGUGGAUCUCAUCUACAACCGUCGCCUCCUGAAGGAGAACGUUACGCGCGACUGGAUCGCCGCUCAAGCGCGCCAGCUUUUUCGCUCCAGCAGAACGGAGGAGGAACACGAAGAGCACCCGAUCCGAUUUGCCGCUUCUGAUCCAUGGAUUACUGCGUUCAUGCAGCGAAAC